AUGGGAAUAGAUGACAACUAUAAUGCCAUAGUCAAAGAGGUAUAUACCGGUGCUACAACUCGGAUCUUGAAUCAAGGGUCCUCUUUGUCACUUCUCAACGCAGCCGGAAUCGGAAGAUAUCGCAAUGAUAAGCAGAUCUCCAUCAAUAAUGAUCUCCCUAGCUGGGUCCCAGACUUCUCGCAUUUUCCAGACUCUAAUCUUCUUUUUAUUCCUGCUAAUUUGGCUGACUGCAAAAUGACGGAAGCUUCCGAAGCAAAAAAAUCUCUGAUUCAUAUCAAUUCGACAAAUCCAGAUAGAGUUUCGAUACAAAUCCUCGGACGAUCUGUGUCUCAUGCCACUGCCAUCUACCCCUCUAGAUCUAUGGUCGUGUACAAGAACAAUGUUGGCGAGUUCCAAGUCGAGCUGAAACAACGUCGAGAUUGGAUCAUUGAGACAAUGAAUUACGCAUCAAGACUUGAACCUUAUUUGAGUGACAUACCUUGGCAUCAGGCAUACUCACGCCCUCUUGUUAAUAAUGAACUGCCCCUUCGUCUCCAUGGAAUGCCAGUAGAACCUCCAUAUUCGGAGCACUUGGAUGUUUUCCUCAACUUUCUGAAAAAUAUUAUAGAAGCUGAUGCGCAAGAGGUACGCGAGAUAGAGAUGGCAGGAGGAUUAAUUGAAGCAUUUGAAGACAACGUAGAAAAGGUGCGGAAGUUUGCAUUGGGGGUUUCUUUCCGUGGACGUAUGUUCGAGACGGAUAAUGGGUAUUCGGGGAUGGGCCAGGAGGGUAUGGAGAUGGGUGAUGAGGUUUGUUUAUUUUAUGGGGGACAGACGCCGUAUAUUGUUCGGGAGGUGAAGGAGUAUCAGAACAAGGGUUGGAAUCAAACCUCGGGACAUGAGUUUGUGUUGGUUGAAGAUUGUUAUAUUGAUGGGUGGAUGGAUGGUGAAGCUAUGGAGAUGGGUGAGGAGAAGAAGUUCAUGCCGGUGUGA